AUGUCCACUAUCCAGAGCCUACACUCUUUGGACCCUUUUGCUGAUGCAAGUAAGGGUUAUGAUUUGCUUCCUGCUGGCACUAAGCAUUAUAUCCAUGCAAGAUUUCAACAGAGAAAUGGCAGGAAGACCCUCACUACUGUCCAAGGGAUCGCUGAUGAUUAUGAUAAAAAGAAACUAGUGAAAGCAUUUAAGAAGAAAUGUGCCUGCAAUGGUGCUGUAAUUGAACAUCCAGAAAAUGGAGAAGUAAUUCAGCUACAGGGGGACCAGCACAAGAACAAACGCCAGUUCCUGGUAGACACGACGGGCUGA